AAAUGAACAAAUUGAUUCUUGCUAUUGCAUUGAUCUCCAUCACUUAUGCUCAAUUAACUUUCAAUGCUAAUAAUAAAUGCACUUGUGGUGAUUUAACAACAUAAUAGGAUUGUGCACAAUCAUAACCAAUUUGCACUUGGGACUCAAAAGGCAGUUCAUGUUCAACUGUAUCUUGUUCAUCCAUUAGUGAUCAAACAAAUUGUGCCAACAAUUUGAAAUGUAUGUGGAAUGGCAAAGCAUGUGUUGAUUUUACACUUUGCAAUUAAUUAACCGGAGCCAAUUAAGGUGACUGCUUAGCAAAAUCAAAAAACUGUCCAUAAUCAGAUGGUAAGAACUGUGCCAGCACUGAAGCCUUAAAAUCUUGUUCAUCCUAUUCAAAUUAAACUAGCUGUGAUUUAACAAUUUCUUCCAAUGGAAUUUGCUAUUGGAGCAAUAGUGGAUGUUCAGAAGUCACCAGUUGUGGACAAUUGAAUUCAAACUCCUGCUCAAGUGCUGGAAAUGCAUGCUAAUGGAAUGCUACCAUCAAUAAUUGCACUUAAGCUAGUUGUGCUUAGUUUGGAAAUAACAAUACAUGCACAUACUAUCAAACCUAACUCAACAAAUUUAUCUAUUAAUUGUGCUAAUGGAAUGCUGCAAAUAGCACUUGCAUUUCUGCUAUUGACACAUCUGCACUCAACCAAAAUACUUGUUACAAUCAAACCAAAUACACUUACAGAUGGUCAAGCAGUUCAAACAAAUGCGAUGUUUGUGCAGGUAAAAUAAUUUAUAUGGUAAUCAUGGCCAUUUUAAUGAUUAUGAUAUGAAAUAUAGAUAAACAUUAGAAAUAUAAUAAAUAUAU